UCACCAACACAACCACGCACCGACCUGUCAAACCGGACCGAAGUGAAAAGAUGCAGGAAACUGUUUUGCGCUAGUUAUCCAUUGUGAAAAUAGAAGCAAAUAUCGCACGCUGCAACAACAAAUAUAAAAACUCUCCGAUACUGUAAUCAAUCGGAACUAUCUCACACCAAGAUGGCCUCGGAAGAGAGACCCCGUAAUCUGGCCCAGUACAAGCGCUUUCACACCAACGAUGAGGGUCGGAAAACAGUCACCUCGGUGGAACAGAUAAAAGUCGAAUCAUCGAUCGAGCGGAUCUACGACCGAUACGAACAGCUCGCGGCCCUAGAUCCGACCCUGCCCAAGCUGUACCGUGGGGACCAUGCGCGCUACCUGCAGUCCUCCCUCGAACGGUUGUCGUCCUCGUACGAAUGCUUGGACAGCAGCCGACCCUGGAUGGUGUACUGGGUGCUGAAUGCGGCCAGCAUACUGAACAUGCGCUUUUCCCACGAACUAAUGGACCGGGUGGUGGACUUUCUCGUGAAAUGCCGUGCGAAGGGGGGUGGGUUCGGUGGUGGUCCGGGACAGGAUCCUCAUCUGGCCACUACGUACGCGGCAGUUAACUCACUCUGCAUAAUCGGGACGGAGAAAGCGCUGGAAGCGAUCGAUCGACACACGCUGAAACAGUUCUUCUGGUCGGUGCGGAAAAGUAACGGUGCGUUCCGGAUGCACAUCGGGGGCGAGCUGGACGUGCGCGGCGCGUACUGCGCCAUUUCGUCGGCCAAGCUGUGCUCGUUCUCGCCGGAAGACGAGCGGCAGCUGUUCGAGGGAACGGCCGCCUGGAUAGCGGAAUGCCAAACGUACGAGGGUGGUUUUGGUGGUGCGCCAGAUUUGGAAGCGCACGGCGGUUACUCGUUCUGUGCUGCCGCAGCCAUUAUGCUGCUGGGCGGUGAGCAUAAGCUUGACCUCUAUGCCCUGCUGCGGUGGACGCUGAACCGUCAGCUGGCUUAUGAGGGAGGAUUUCAGGGACGCACAAACAAACUGGUCGACGGUUGUUAUUCGUUUUGGCAGGGCGCCCUCGUACCGAUCGUCCAAGGGCUUAUCGCGCGUAAAGAAGGCCAGCAGCACAUCAUGGACGUGAGCCUGUUCAAUCGCUACGCGGUACAGGAGUACAUACUUAUCUGCUGCCAGCGACCAAAUGGAGGUUUAAUCGAUAAACCCGGGAAACCAGCGGAUAUCUAUCACACCUGCUACACGCUCAGCGGUCUGGCUGUAGCGCAGCACUGCGAAACUCACAGCUUACCGCUGGUGCUGGGCGACGAACGGAACGAGGUACUACCCACACAUCCGGUACACAAUAUACCACCCAAAGCAGCACUGGACGCUUACCGUUACUUCGUAGAGCGCGAUCAGCCGGCAUCCGCUACGGAGGAACGAAGCAACGGAAAGCAGCACGAGGUACCGAUGGACGACAGCUCCGAGAACGUGUCCGAACGUCAAUCGUCGUCGCAAAUGUCGGAGGACAGCAGCAGUAACUACUCGAGCAGCCGGGCAUCGGAAUCAUGAAGCGCGUUCCGGGUUGCUUCAUAACCGACCCUACGGAUGCAUCAAACCAGUCAACCAAUUUCUCUAGAGACGGGAGCACGAGAGCCAACGGGGAACAUGAGCCGAUGGUAGAGUUAAUAUAUAAACUUGCUUGUUCGUUUUUUUCUGAUUGCAUUAUUUUUUUAAAUAAAAAUUUAAAGUAUGCCAAUAGUGCUUUACCUUUAAAGGAGAAGCUUUAAUCUCACAACGCGAUCGAUUGCCAGUAAUACGGCGACGAACGGCACCUACCUCUACCAAUCCAUUACGCCGGGUUUCCACCUCCUGGUAGUUGCAUCAACGACAUCGGUUUAGAAGAUCUUUACGAGUUGGGUCGUCCCGGUAUCAUUCUCAUGACAUGACCAACUACGUCGUAUUCAAAAUGAAGGCACAGGCCUACUUGGAUCUCAGCAACCGAUCAGUGUAAAAACCACGAAAAGACAUUAGAACUAUGAUUUUCUUUCCUCCCGAAGCACAAUAAUUUGAACAGUGUGUUGUUUUAGUUUUUUUUUAUAAAUAAAUCAAUAAUUCUUUUUUUUUUAUUUUUGCUCUGCACUUCUUAAGAAUGGCUUUGUGACGUUCACCACGACGCAUCUUUUCGUUUUUCGUGUACUGUUUUCUUUUUUCGUUCUCUGCUCUCUAUUCACAUGUAUUAGCUCUGUUGUUCUUCCGCUGUAUAUUUGCGCCAUUUUUGUCUCGCAAGUGUAGAUCAUUUAUUCUUUUUUCCUUUAAUAUGCAAUGUAAUGUGUUUUCCUCCCUCGUGUACGAACUCUAAUAGUAUUAUUUCACAUUACACACACAUACACACACGCUUCUUCACUUAUAUACCCUCAAAUGUGCACGGAUUACACGAUCUACUACUCCUUAUUCCAUGCACGCACAUACACACACUUUCAUUUCUUCUUUUGCUCUGUUCUAUCUCACACACUUGUAAUCUCUCUCUCUCGCUCUCGCACUCUCAUCCUCGCCUACUACUAUGUUCUAUUGGAACAUCAUUUUAAAGGGACUGUAAAUUAUACAUCGACCUCCUUCUCUUUCCUUCUCGUUCCUCUCCUGAUCCUCUCUCUCUCUCUCUCUCUCUCUCUCUUUCUCUCCUUCACGUUCCUUCUUCUAUUGCAGUAUUCGCGGUUCCAUUCGCAUUUUUUUGGUGGCAUUUUCGUGGUUUUUUUUUGAAUGCUGUUUUUCAUUUUCACUACUACUACCGCGUGUUUUCCUCCAUUUCCACGCACACAUUUUCCUUACAGUCUAUUUUUUUUUGUCAUUUUACUAUCCUCCUCUCUGUUCUCACCACACACCUUUUGUGUGUUUGAUUACUUCUUUCUCUUUCUGUAGCUGUGUAAAAAGAGACAAAUGUUUGGAAAACAACGGGGAGUUGUGGUGAUGGAGACAAAAUUUACUCUGUUUACAAUAAAUUACAAAGAAGGAAGAAAAGCUAACACACUAAAACAGAUUCUUUAAAACGAUGGGUUGUUUUUUUACUUUCAUUUUCUUUUGCUUUAUCAUUUAACGAUUUUCGUGCAAGUUUUGUUAAUGCGGCAAACGCUUUCUCGCUUUCACUAUAGUUUAAUUCAUAAUAUAAAAAUGGAAAUUGUUAAGGCGUGUUUGAUUAUUUUAAUUUUUGUUUUAACUUUUUCGUUUUCCUGUUUCUGGUCUUGUGUCGGUGCAUGUGUUCAGAGAGAGAGAACUUGAUACUGAAUAAAUGAGGGGACUUUUGGGGCUUUAAAAAAAAGGAAGGAUCAUUUUCCUCUCUAUUGCACUCCCUUCUAUGCAUCUGGCUUCCUUUGCAUACAUAUAUUCCACUUUGUGUCUGUCCUGUGUGUUCUCUUCACAACCCACACCACUCACACAACCGACCUUAUCGUCGCGUUCUAUGAACAUAUUCCUUGAAGGUGUGUGGUGCGUGCGUGUGGGGCCACAGAAGCCAACUAGUAAUUGGAAAUUGAUUGCACAACAGGUCAUUUUGCUAAUUGCAUCUCAUAUUAAGCGGGAAGAAAUAGAACGGGGGGUGGUACUUUUAGGGGGAACGCUUGUGAAUGGGUAGACAACUUAGAAUAUACCUAAAAAAAUAUUACAAAGUAAUAGAGAUAAAAGAAAAAGCUAUACAAAUUAGUCCUAUUACUACCCAUAUCGAAACGAACGAGAAUUACGACAGAUAGUGGCGCGCGCAGACACCGCUUUUGGUGUCUCUUCUCCCUCUCUCUCUCUCUCAGGUGUUGGUUGGUGUUGGUUUCUUCUCCUGUUUUUUAUCAUGUUUUAUCACCUCUUUUAUAGCCCUUAGUGUAGUGUGCUGCUUCUUUUUCCAUUUGAGCUGACUAUUAUUCACACACUAUUCGGCCACAUUUUUAAUACGCUUCUACACUUCCUUAAGGCUCUCUGCUUGUUUGUUGCUGCCGUUCUUUAUAUCCUCUUUUCCUACCUUCCUCUUCUUCUUCUUUUCGUCUCUUUUCACACAUGAUGCCACAACACAACACAUUCGAUUUCCACCAUAUAUACCGCCAUGGAGAGGAAUAUAUUCAAAGAUUUGUGGGGAAUUGUGUUCGAGGAUUCAUAUAAAGGUUUCUGGGGGAAAACAGGAUUCUCUGCGGUUUUGUUUGUUUUGUAAUAAAUAAUUUAAUAUAUUCGUUUAAAAUCUCUUCCGCACCAGCCAACCCACCAGCGGUAUUCUCGUUUGUGUGGUGGUGUGGGAUGUAGAAAAAAAAUAAUUUACAAAAAUUGUUGGUAGCGGGGCACAACAGUGUGUUACCGAACUGUUACCAACAAAACUAGAGGUGGGAUUUAUAAAAUUACUCAACAUAAUAAUAAAGUGCAUCAUUUUGUUAACAACAGUAUUUGCAAUGAGAAAAAAUGAAGCAUUGUUGCAUUCAACCCAAAAUUGUCUAGGCAAUGGGUGGGUGGUGCUGGCUAAAUGAUGCGUCUCUGUCGAACGGUCUUCCGGUUCCGGUUGGUCGUAACGAAACAAAAAGAAAAAAGAAAAGGAUCCCGGCCAUAUGACAUCUUCCCGGAUGAGCGUGAGUGUGCGUGGAACACGUGUGAAAGAGCACGUGUGGAGACUCGUUUUCUGCCUCUUUCGCUCAUCUCCCUAUUUCAGGCUUUCUCUCCUGGGUAUGCUGCGCCAUUCUAUGCUUGCCCGGCCAAACGGAGCGCCUUUGCACAAAUAGCUUUCAGUUGGGGCAUUAAAGUACAAAUAAAUAAGAAUAAAAAAAAAAACCCCGAAUGCCACUAUUAACUGAAAGUGAUGUGCGCAAAAAAGCCGCUGCCGCUUUAUUAGGCAAGCACAACAAUAUCCUCCUCUUUUUCUCUUUCAUUACUACCUCUUCAACCUGGCCCCCGCUGAUCUCGCUUUUCCAUCAUUUGGCGCGCGCUACCCAUUUUUACUUCAUUUGUUUCCAUCGUUUGAUGCAUCUGCUUCUUGGCUUCCUCAUUUUAAAUAAAUUUAAUCACAUGUUUUGUUUUUUUUCUUCUCUCCUGCCUCUCCUACUAAUCUCCGACCUCCCGAACACUCCUACCACCGAGUAUAUAAAGUCGGUUUCGUUUGUUUUUGUUUCUCAUAAAUUAAUAUUAUUUAUCAGAUAAAAAAAUACUUCUUCUUUUCGAUUUCUUCUGCUCCUUACUCUCCCCCCCCUCCCCCACCUAAACGUUCGUUUUGUUGUCGUAAAUUUUGUUAUAUUAGCCGCGCACCCAGUGAGAGGAGCAACGGUUGUGGUGUUUUUUCCCGAGAUUUUCUCUCACCGAAUCCGAUGUUGUUCACUGUAUCUCCCUGUGUGUUUUUGUUUCUUCUGUUUAUGUUUAAUGAAAUGUUGUUGCGUCCUCUUACAUUAAUCUGUCCCUUGAGUUGGGAGCAUAGUAACACGCCAAGGAUGAUGAUGCUCAAUACAAAAACGAACGUGCGGGAGAAAUGAGGGGCCGGGUUUCCUUUACUAUUAUUCGAGAUCAAAUUGCGGUUUCUUUUGCAGCGUGUGUUUUUGUUUUUUAUAACAAAGCUGUUUGCUCACUUCGCCGUACUCUGCCACAAUACAAAAAGGAGACGGGUGUGCGACCUACAGCCAGCCAGCCAGCCAGCCAGCCAGUCGUCGCACAAGAGCAUUUUUUCCCUACAAAUCGUGCUUUGGAGAGGCGGGCACAGGAAUGGGCACACGAGAAAUGCAACGAUUUUUCACAAUAAACCAAUUUUCAUCUUCCCCCGCGUUCACUUGCUCAUGUUCAACGCGAAACAAUCGUCUAAUCUUGUUCUGCCGUCCUGCUUGCUUUUUUUUUGUUUUGAGUUUGUCCCUAGCAAAUUCACACACUUACACAUAUGCACACAGUUCUACCAAACAACAACACAUUCUUCUACGACACCAAAGCGAAGGGAGAAAUUGUGAUUUGAAAAUUUUAGACAAGCGAAAAUUAUUAAAAAAGAAAUUAGGAAAACCUGUCUGAAUAAGCAGCUCGUACUCACUCUACUGUUGCUCUUCUUCAUGCCACUUGUUUGUUGAUUAGUGUACGUAUAGUUUGGCAUUUUCAUUCCUCACUUUCACUUGCCGGGGGAGAGUGUUGUUUGACGGUGUAGUAUUUGAUAAUUUCUUGAUUACCCUAUCGUCUUCCUAAUGAGAAACCCUAAUGAGUGAAAAAUUUUGCUAGAGAGUUCAAUAUGAAUGUCGUCGUAAGGUUGUUGCUGUUUUUUCCCCCUAUCCAAUUAAACCAACACAGAUCUGCCGCUAUCCACCUGUCACUUGUUCAUUGCAAAUGAAUAACAGAGAGUGGGAGAGACUAGUAGUAGUUGGUCAUUUAGCAAUCACUCGCAUUAAAAACUGUUUUUGUGUGUGUGUGUGCUGUUGCUAAUGUGGAACUUGCCUGCCGUUUUCUCCUAAUACGCGCAAAGGGACGUUCUUUUGCAGGCUCCCAAAAAAUAAAACUUUGCAUCCGUUGUCUCUUGAUCCGUGUCAGCAGCAAAUGGCCGGAACAUGCAACGGGUUUCCAUUCCACAACACAGCUCUGUCUUGGUCGGUCUGGUAUCCAUCCACCACUUUGCCUUUCCUAAUACACUAAUAACACAUUCAAAGUACUGGCUUUACGAUCAAAAAAAGGUAUCUCUCUCUCUCUUGUUCUCUCGUCUACUAUCUCCUCUGGCUCUCUCCCCCCUCUCUCUCUCUCUGAUAGUGGUCGUUCACCAUAGGCGCAGCAGCUAUAUUGGGCCGUUUUCUUUCGGUUGCUCCAAUAAAAAUGUGCAAUCGUGGUGGUGGUGGUGUAUUGAAUUUCCUGUUCUUAAAAUAAACAGGACCAACCAGAAAAUCAAUAUUAUUCCAGACAGAUUUUCUUUUUGUGUUUGUUGUGUGGUGGUACAAAACAAAAUAACAUUUGUAAACAUAAACAAAAAAAAAUGCUUUCUUCCUCUCCCUCUCUCUCUCUCUCUUUGUUUCGUCUCUCUAACUCCCACUCUCCCUCUCUCGCUCUGUUUUCUGGCCAAUUAAGGAUCGUUUGUCCGUAUCGUUUUCCUUCCUUUUUUCCAUUUCCUUUCAUCAUUAUUAUAUUUUCGGCGUCGCGUAAUUCUCGUCGUUCCGUGUGUUCAUAUCAGUGUCAACAUUUAAUGAUUCCUUAAUCCUUACGGGUAGGUGCGCGAAUUCUCCCGCCAAACGGACCAUUUGCUUGCAGCAGCAGCAGCAGCAGCACAGGCAGCGGUUUGCUUGGAUGGGAGAUUUCACGCACACACACACACACUUAAACUUAGCAGUUGCUUCCGGGGUAAUUUAAAUGUCUCAAGUUGCGACUGACCAUUCAAUUUAAACCCUAAACACAACUUAUCAGGCUAGGAUUUUUUUAAACCGUUUUGUAUAUUUUGUACUUUUUUUGAUUUUGCUUUUAUCUUCCGUUUUUAUGCUUGCAUAUACUUUUGCGUAACUUUUCAGAGCAUUUUAUUGUUUUUUUGUUGUUUUGUUUUUUGUUUUGUUUGAUGAUUUUUUUCGUUCGCUUCUUUGUGUGUGUUUGAAAAGUUUGUUCAUUUCAUUCAUUUGCUCACACACCAAUGUUCCACAAUCCAAAAGA